AUGGGACAUUUUGUAGUUUCACUGACGAGUAACGUUAUGUGCUGUCGUCUGAUUAACUCUUUCGAAUAGCCUUGACAACACAAGGCACCGGAAAGGAUGUCCAGCAAAGAGGUGAAGGCUGCACUGAAAAGUGCAAGGGAAGCCAUCAAAAACAAAGAAUAUAAAGAAGCACUUAAACAUUGCAAGAAUGUUCUGAAGCUUGAGAAGAACAACUACAAUGCUUGGGUGUUCAUUGGAGUGGCCGCUGGGGAGCUGGAACAGCCAGACCAGGCCCAGGCGGCGUACAAGAAGGCCACAGAGCUUGAGUCAGACCAGUUACUGGCAUGGCAGGGAUUAGCUAACCUAUAUGAGAAGAACCGCCAGACUGAUUUUAAGAGCGAACUCCCAGUGGUUUACCAAAAACUCAUCGCAUUGUAUGAAAGUUCAGACAAAGUCAAAUGCCAAGAGGUGAGCAGGAAGCUGGUGGACCUCCACCUCCAAGAGAAGGACUAUUUGCAGGUGGCUCGCGUGUGGCAGAGGCUGAUUCAGCUGCAGGAGGAAGGCGGGGCGGAGCAGGCUGAGCAGCUGCAGCUCUGGAAGGAGAUGACGCAGGUCCUGCAGGACAGCGUGGAGGAGCAGGACAACGAGACCCUGCAGCACCUCAUAACUGCUUUUGAGAAAGCCAUGACUCUCACAGAAUCUGCUCCUUGUGAAGACCACAAGAAACUCUCCAUGGACUUCAUCUCAUGUCUGUCAAAGCUUCCACACGAAGAAGCCAAACUGAAAGAGGUCUGCGAGGCCAUGCUGUUUGCUUACCCCUCUCAACCAUUCCCCCUGGAAGCACUGUGCUCACAUUACCUUAAGUCGGGAACGUGCAGUGAGGAGGCUGUAGACUGCUUCAGGCGUCUGCUGGAGCUGGAUGCAGGCAGCGGGCCAGCUCUCCUGUGCCUGGGAGUCAAGGCCCUGGAAGAGAAGAAGUAUGAAGACGCCACCAAGAGCCUGUCUCAGGGAUUGAAGCGGAUGCCCUCCUCUGUGGUGGGCUGGUAUAGCUUGGCCCAGGGUCAUCUUAAGAUGCAUAAAUAUACAGAUAGUGCCAAGUCCUGCACUCAAGGACUCCGCUGUUGUAAAGACAGCGACACAGAGUUGAUUCAGAAGUUGCAGAGGCUGAAGUUGGAGUCUCUUGUGAGGACUGGUGCAGAAAACACACGUGAUGAAGCACUGGACACACUGACCCAGAUUUGUGAUUCCAGCAAAGAUCCCGUCCUGCUAUCUUUUAAAGGCAAGAUCUACUUGCAGAAAGGCCUAAUCGAUCAAGCAUUAGAGGUAUCUUCUGAGCUGGAGGCAUCCCACCCUGACUCCGUGGAAGGCAUGAUCCUGAAGGGACUCCUCCAUCAGGCACGAGAUGAGCUCCAACAGGCAGAGGAGAGUUUCCAGAAGGCCCUUUCUCUGUGCCCAGAGUCUGGGGAGCUCUACUUCCUGUUGGGCCAGCUCUAUUGGCUCAUGGGAGAAGAGGCACGCCGGGAUCGGAGUAAAGCACACACGCACCUCCUCAAGGCUGCGAAGUUGGAUCCUUACCUGGGCUCUGUGUUCCGGCACCUGGGGCACUACUACCGGGAGGUGGUCAGAGACCUGGGCCGAGCGCGGGGGUGCUACAAGCGGGCGUUUGAGCUGGAUGGCAGUGAUGGCGAGGCAGGGGCAGCAGCAGUGGACAUCAGCAUGGAGCAGGGAGACAUGGAUUCUGCCUUGGCCAUUUUGACGUCAGUGACUGAGAGAGCCACCCCUGGAUCAGCCAAGUGGGCCUGGAUGAGGAGGGGGUUGUAUCAUCUCAAGAUUAGCCAGCACCAGCAAGCAGUCACAGAUCUGCAGGCGGCCUUGCGGGCGGACCCUCUGGACUGGGUGUGCUGGGAGUGUCUGGGCGAGGCCUACCUCCACCGCCACAGCUUCACCACUGCGCUCAAGGCCUUCACCAAGGCCCACCUGCUGCGGCCCGACUCCAUCUACAGCCUCUAUCAGAUGGCCGCUAUCAAGCAGACCCUGGGCAAGUUCAAGGAGGCGGCCGGAGAGUACAUGAAGAUUGUUCAGCGAGAGGACUAUGUGCCUGCGCUAAAAGGUCUUGGAGAGUGCUCUCUCGCUCUGGCCCGGAGUGCACUGGGAGACUACCUAGAUGGGAGGGCAGUGGACUUAAUUCAAAGUGCCAUUGAAUACUUGUUCAGAGGAGUGCAGCGCCGUCCAGACCUGUCGUGCCUGUGGAAGCUGCUGGGAGAUGCCUGCAGUCUCAGUGGUACUGUGGCUCCAGAGAGAGCUCACGUGCUGGUUCCAGGAGCCUUGUCAGGAGACGGCUCGCCAGAUCAGAACCAUCGCCUGGACCAGAGGACACUGCUGAGACUGGGCGAGAGGUGCUAUGGAAGAGCCCUGAAGCUGAUGCCGGAGGCUGCCAGCCUGUGGUGUGACCUCGGGAUCAACUACUACCGCCAGUGCCUGAAGCUCCUCUCCCUCAACCAGGAGCAGGACCUUCAGAUGCUUCUAGAAAAAUCCGUGCAGUGUAUUAAGAAGGCAGUGAUGCUGGACAGUGACAAUUACAGCUUCUGGAAUGCCUUGGGCGUCGUUUCCAUGGUCACAGGUCUUGAAAACUUUGCUCUUGCACAGCACUGUUUCAUUAAAUCAGUGAAGGUCGAACCAAAUAACGUUGUAGCCUGGACCAACCUGGGUGUGCUGUAUCUGAAGAAAGAAAACCUUGAGCUUUCCCACGAGGCCUUUAAGGUUGCCCAGUCUCUAGAGCCGUUAUAUGUCAACUGUUGGAUUGGACAGGCUCUGAUUGCAGAGAUGGUGGGCAGCUAUGACGCCAUGGACCUGUUCCGCCACACUACAGAGCUUAACACGCACACUGAAGGGGUGAAUGGCUAUGCCUGCUGGGUGUGCUCCACACUGCUGGACAAGAGUAACAGGGACUCUGAGCUGUACCGCUACAACAUCCUCCAGAUGAACGCCACCUCUGCCGCACAGGUGGCCCUCUGCAAGUACACAGAGAGGAUUCAGACAGACCCUAGAGCUUUUGUCAUGCUGGGGUAUCUCAAUGAACACCUAAAACUCAAGAAGCAGGCCGUUGUGGCCUACAGGAGAGCUGUGGAGCUUCUGCAGUCCUCUCCUCAUGUAGAGGAGCUCAACUUCGCCCUCAGGAACUACGGCCGUGCCCUCUGUGACACAGGCCAGUGGGAGGAGGCUGUGCGCGUGUACUCCUCCACUCCACUGGAGGAGCUGCAGGACCUGACAGGUCUGGCCUUGGCCUACUUCAGAGCAGGCCUCCUGCAGGAAAGCCUCAGCUCCUAUGAGAAGGCGCUGGCGGUGGCCUCCGCUGAGAGGGAGAGAGCCUACAUCUUCACUGCACUGGCUCUGCUGCAGCACAGAUUGGGCAACAUGGACACGGCCAAGACUCUGCUCUUCAAGUGUUCCCUACUGAAGGAGCCCAUAUCGGAGAGCCUGCUGUGCCUGUGUGCUCUGGGCUUGGUGCACAGUGACGGCACACUGGCCACCGCUGCGCUCUCUGAGCUGCUGAAGCUGAGCGUGGAGCCCGGGGUCGCCAUGGAGCAGCGCUGCCUCCUCACCUGUGCCCUGCUGGCACUGCAGGGCCACUACAGCGCUGUGCCCAGGGAGGCUGCCAGGGCUGUGCAUAGUCACCCAGGAAACGCCUCCCUCUGGGCUUUUCUCUCCCGCCUGGUGCCACAGUACCACUCCAGAAAAGCCAAUGGUGGUGCUGUAGCUGGAAGCGUGGCGAGUCUCUCCAGUAUGACCCAAGGAAAGAGGGCGCUAUUGUUCAGUGGUCUGAAUCAGCUGGCCGCAGGCCAACAUGCAGGUGAAGACCGCACCAGGAAUGCCCUGAAGACCAUGCAGAGAGCGGUACUGUUGUGUCCAGAUGACUUGGCAGCAUGGGCCGGGGUAAUGGCUGCUUGCUAUACCGAGAAUACUGCCUGUGCUCUGUCUGGUUCUGCCCCUCUCAGACAGGGUCUAGAGCGCCCUCUGAUGGCCGCCAUUGCUGAGAAAGCUCAGGCAGCGUCUGCCGAGGAGCGGCCCCUGGCCCAUGCUGUAGAGGGCUGGGCCCUGCAGCAGGCUCUCUCGGGCCUCAGACAGGCCGCACUCUAUGACCAGGCGGAACCUCUGUGCACUCAGGUCCUGAGUGUGUCCCCUGACCACCCUGCAGUGCUGCUCCAGCUGCGACAGCUGCAGUGUGAGCGCCUCCUACUGGAGCAGCCUGGAAUCACGCUGCCUGUGGCCGUGCUGGACCAGCUCUCUGCAGCUGUGAUGGCCAACCCCAACUCAGUGUCUGCCUGGCAUUGGUUGGCAGGGUUGUAUUUCUCUCAGGGCCUGCUGGCCCAGGCCUCUGUGGCAUACAGGCAGAGCCUGCAGCUGGCCUCUCAGCUGGGUCACUACAGUGGGAAAAUGGGUAGCCUGUUGAGGCUGGCGCUACUCGCUCUGACCGCCUGUAUGGCCAAAGUUCCAGGAAGUGACUGGAAGAACCUGGUCCUGGAAGCCACCACAGAGGCCCGGAAACUGGGUCCCUCUCCUGUUGCCCUUCUGCUCCAGGCCCUGCUUCAGUUCUCCACCAAGAUGGAGGCCAGAGAAACCCGUCGCUUACUGGAGAGGCUUGUUUAUUACGCAUUGCCUGACCAGCCUAAAACUGUGUCCUCUGUUGCGCGUUGGUAUCUUCUCCGCCAUCUCCACGCCAAAGAUGACCUGGAGCUCAUGGAUAAACUGGCGGAACAGGCCAAAGCUGCUGGAGACUCCAGACUCCUGGAGUUUCACCAACAGAUCUGCCCAUCAGCCUGACACUGAGCUCAUUGUGUCGUGACCACACCAGACGGACCCUCCAGCUCAUCUGCUCAAAGUGCAACAAAGCCAUACCGCUUUCUCAUACCUGACCUCCACUCACAAACCUGCCUCUGGAAAAUAUCGUUUGUCUUAAUUAAAGCUCACCAACGAACCAUUUACAUCGCAAAGCAGACAUUUUGAAUGAACGACUAUCAAAGGACAAAGGAUGCCUGUAAUUUGGCUUGUGCAUUGACAAAAUAAUCUAUUUUGAAAAAAAGGGGAAAAAAGCAGACUUUCAUUUUUGUAUUCAAAACUGAGGAUCAUGUUAAACCUGGUAAAUGUGCAUUAUGUGAAUGUGGCGCGUAACGAAAAUGGGACUGCUAUCAUGUUCAAAAAGCAUUAAAAAUUGUCCCUGAUAGGCUGGAUAUUUUGCUUCCUGCAUGUGCCAGGUAUGUGAGGCAGAUUGUCUCUGUGCUUUAGGGAAAUGCUAUCCACAAACAGGCCUCUGGUCCUGGUAUGGAUUUACCAGUCAAAAGAUUACUCUGUACAAGAAUGUGCUAAUGUAAUGAUAUUCGAAUGAAAAGCAUUUUAUCAGUA